ACACUUACAUGUAUAUAAGGUGGAACGCAAACUCGAGUAGUAUCAGUGGAUGGAAAAUGGCGACAUCGAAAAGUCAGCGUUGGAUGGUAGAUUCGGGCAUUCUGCGUAAAAGAAAUGGAGAAGAGGAGCCACAGGAGCUGUUGGUGUUUGGAUAUAGCUGCAAAUUAUUUCGAGAUGAUGACAAGGCGAAAAUGAUUGAUCAAGGAAAGCAUUUGAUACCAUGGAUGGGCGAUAGCACGUUGAAAAUAGACAGAUACGAUGGACGCGGUGCUCUGGGGGACUUGCGGAUAUACGAACCACCGACAGGUGGGUUCGAUCAACGAACCAUCUUGACGGAAGAUGAAAUAAAAGUGGAACAAUUAUGCGACGAAGAACGGUAUCGGUCUCUCUAUAACAACGAAAUGGAAGAUUCCGUUUAUCACGAGGAAGAGAUGAAACGAUUGCAUCAAGCUUUGGACUCUGAGAAUACGUACAGUCAAGUGGCGUACGAUUACAACGAGGAAGGAAACGGGUCAAAAAUCGCGUGUGACGAUUCGCAAAGUCCAAAACGAUCGGAGGGAUCUCAAGAAGAGGAUCAAGCUUUCGUUCCACCGGCCGAUCUAGAAAUUCCAGAAGGCAUUCCAUUGCCGGAAACGCAAAAACUGAACGCCAUCAUAACAAAAACGGCGUUGUUUAUAAGUCGUCAAGGUGGACAAAUGGAGAUUCUGAUUAAGGCGAAGCAGGCGAAUAAUCCACAAUUUUCCUUCCUGUCGAUAGACGGACGGCUUCAUCAAUAUUAUAGAUGUAUACUGGACGCGAUCAAGAGUGGGAAAUAUAAUCCCGAAAAACAGCCGGAGAAAGAAGAAUCCGAGCAAGAAGAAGGAUCAUCCGAUCAAGACGACGAACCGUAUCUUCAUCCGAGCUUGGCUUCAUCGUUCACCAAGAUCGAGGCGGCUCCCAGUAUACCGAGCAUACAAUACAAACCAUCGGCGGAUUGUGCUUAUUCGAUGCUUGUAAAUAAAAUAACGGGGAAACCACCGCCAUCGAAAGCACCGGUUCAACAUUCCGAAACCACGAUUCAAUCGGCAACUGGUAUAGGAUAUUAUCAUCACGUGCCAGGACAG